CGUGCGUGCUAGAUGGGCACACGCGGCGUAUGAGUACUAUCAGUUGGUCUCCCAAGACUGUUUUAUUGAAUUUUGGCGCAAGAAGGCAAAAAAGCCGGCUAAAGUGUCCCUCGUGGGUGUGUGUACGUGUGCUACCGGAAAUACUUUGAGCAAUCGAAAGGCAAAAAAAGAAACCGAAACAAAAGCCUAAGCAAAUUAACUUGGCCCAUUCGUUAUAUUGCGAGUAUUGUUCUAGUGGUUAUUAUGUUUGGUUUUUGCCCAGCCCCCCUGCCAGCGAGAAAGUAGGUUAAUUGACGUGUGUUGUGGGCGUAUAUCUACAGGAAAAAUAAUAAAAAUACACAAGUACAAGAAACAAAUACAAGUGAAGUGGUCAAUUGCCACAGCCAGAGGGCUCUGAACUUUCGAUAAAAUAAAAGUGUGAGAUAAUUUAAGGUCACUCGGGGAGGAGGCAGAUCCUUGGAGCGGGAGGAGCAGCCAAUGCAACCUGCACAGACAUCAUUAGACGUGAAUAGCAACCACACAAAAUGCUGAUACUGCUGCCGCUGCUUGGAAUUUUUGGUAAUGGUCUCGUUGCUGAAGUCGAGGCGAAUCUGAGUCUGGGCUUUAAGGCCAUCAAAUUGCCCAGGCAUCCCAAUCCGGCCAAUUGCAGCGUUGGCAACACAACAUUCGCACAUGGAGUCACAUUUAAAUUGGAUUGUAAAACUCAAUGCGUUUGCGAGAAUGGCCGUCACGCCUGCUCGACGCUGUGCCCCAACGAACAGCUCCCGGCGCCGGACGAUACGAUUUCCUGCCGAUCGCCGCGCCUCGUCGAAGUUCCUGGCCACUGCUGCAAGAUGUGGCUCUGUGAGAAUCCAACAGCUGAUGUUUACGCCACCUGCCACAACAGCACCACAAGCGGCAACUGGACCGCCUGCAGCCGGAGCUGCGGCCUUGGCACCGCCUCGCGGCACACCACCACCCACGCGGGCUGCCAUCAACUGAGCAAUUUGCGGCUCUGCGAGAAUCGCAGGUGCGACAAGGACGACCACGAGGACAAUAAGCGGGGCAGGAGCCAUCCGUUGACGCACAAGCGGAAGCAGCAUCACGCCCACAGCCACUCCCAUAAGCACUAUCAUCACCACAAGGAGCACGAGCAGCCUGCCCACAGGAUACGAAAGGGCCACGAGUGCCGGAGCAUCCAGCGCCUGGGUCCUGCCAGGAUUCGCCUUGGCGAGUGCGUUUCCCGGAAGCUGUAUCGACCGAAACUGUGCGGUAGAUGCCAUCGCGGGGUCAAGUGCUGUGCCCCGGCGGUGUCCACCACGAUACAGGUCGAGCUGUUGUGUCCUUUAAAUGCUGUCGAUCCAAUUAACUACGUACAGCAAUGGAAAGUUGGCAGAAAAAGGCAUCUGAAGGAGCCCCAGGAUGACGAUAAUGUUGAUGAUGAUGAUGAUGGGGCCGAUGAGGAGGAGGAGCUGCUGGAAAAUGCACAGUUAUGGGAUACGGUCGCCUUGGAGCCAAUCGAUCAGGAAUUCCUGCAAUCACAUCAGAUACAAAUCGAGAAUAAAUUCAUUGCCGUAGAAUGGAUACUGAAAUGUGAAUGCAGCACGAAUAAUUGCAACGCGGAUAGCAGCAACAUGAGCAGCAACACCAACGACAAUAUGUCUAACACAAAUAAAUAUGGUUAUUACAAUAACAAAAACAAUAACCAAGGCCGGAACCACGAAAUUAAUGGCGAACCAAAUGAGCUGACCAACAACAAUGGCGGCAACAACAAGGACAACGAAGAGGAUGUGGCCGACAACAGUAACAACAUCGACCACAACGAUGUGGACAACAUGUCCUCGGAACAACAGCCGGAUAUUAUACCCUAUCCGCUGAGCGUGGGCGAAUCCAGUUGGAAGGCCGAAAAACUUCGACAGCAACAUGAACAGCACCAACAUCAACAACAGCAGCAACAUCAACAACAGCAGCAGCAUCAACAGUACUGGCAGCAACUCACAUAGCGUACACAAUUCACACGCUUGAAGUAAAACUCGAUCGGCCGAGGGCAGAGAUAUAGAAGAGUAGAGUUUAAGAUUUGUACAGCAUAGCGAUACUUAAGCCCCAUGGAUGGUUAAGAUUGUAAAGGAAAAUUGGGAUGGCGAUGCAAGUUAUACUUAGGAUUUGAACAUAUCGAGGCAGUAAGUUUAGGUAUGUGAACACGAUAGGGUUAGUACUAAACCAAGGGCAAACAACAGACACAGGCCGAAUAUUACAAAUAUUUUUGCAAGCAUCUAUAUAUAAAACGCAAGAAAAAAAGGAAAAAGGGAAAAGAAUAAGAGAAAGAGAAAUUUUCAGAAAAUCAUUUGAAUGGAAUGCUGCCCAAUAAUAACGUAAAUGGUAAUAGUAAUUUUUAAAGACAUAGAAGUAAAAGGCUUAAGCAAAUGCUAAAUUCGUGUGCAUUCAAGUUAUAACUGUGCUAUAUACUCACAUGUAUUCAGAUCUACACGUAUGCCUAAAACUCUGCUUGAACAAAGAAUUUAGCUGGAUGUAAAUGGACAAAGCCAGGGUAAUCCUGGCCAUAGUUUCGUUAGGCCCCCAACCACACAUAUCCCCCGAAAAUAUCCCGAAACAAGUUCUCAGAUUUAGGUCGUGUGACGAGCGAAGCUUAGCCAUCACCCAUAUCAAUUGUAUCGAUGUAAGUCAACUCUUAGCUAGCGUCAGAGUUAUCCGUGUGCAGGCGAAAUUCAAAUAAAUUAAAUGCGAAAAUAUAA